UUGAAACCAGAAAUCAUAUCUACAUUUACUGUUCAAACUUGGGACCAUAUUGCAUUUGUGCGGGUAAUUAACGGCCAUCCUGUAUAUGGUGUAGCGGUUGUCGUUUUGAUUGCUGGUGCAGUUGCAUUUUAUUGUUAUCGUAAGAAGAAAGCUGCAAAAAACUUGGGAAACAAUGCGCAUGGCAAGAAAACAAUGUCAACUUCAAAUUCAAAUGAUAAAUUGUCUGCAAAAUCGCCAACAGCAAAACCAAGUCCAAAUGGAUGGCUAGCUAAAAAUCCAUUCGUCUAA